CGCCUUAGUCGCAAGUACUCCGGGCUUGUCAGAUCGUCAGUGAACACACGCUACUACUACUACUACUACUACUACCACUACUACGACCACUAUUGCUACUACAACUACAACAAAAAACUAUAACUUCUACUACUACUAUUACUAUAACUGCUGUUGCUGCUGCUGCUGCUACUAACUACUAUAGUAUCGACGUCCAACUUAUUUGCAGACCGAGCAUUGCAAUGGUGGACAGGAGUUUACAAACUUGCUCAAGAUGGAGAAAUGGCUGCCAUCGGCCGAGCAAAUGUCCGUGAAAGAAGACAACUCCAAAGACUGACCUGUCCAAGCUAAUAUCUGUACACACCUCUACCUGGACACAUCCACGCAGAACUAAUCAUAACACUAAUUAUAUAAAUAUUUAUAUAUAUAUGUGUGUGUAUAUACAUACACUCAUCGACACUUACACAGACGCACACACGUAUAUACAUACAUAUUAUCAUAUAUAUUUAUAUAUAUAUAUAUAUAUAUAUAUAUUCAGUUGGUGUGUAUUCUACAUCUGCUAUCAAUCUAUAUUUAAUCAGAGACACAAAAGAAAGCCACGCGAGGACAAACCAACGACCCAUUCAAGCAAACGAGAUUUUCCCUCAAUAUCGUCCAAGCUGUAACUAGAAAUGCUUAUCUACUUGAUGUACCUUAACGGGUACAUCCAGAUCCCCAGCCUGAGCGAGUCUCAACCGUUUCUUCAACCUCCGCCUCCUUCUCCUUUUCCUCUUGUAUCAUCUUAUUGAUGCAGUCAUCCUGUAAAUACUGAUAUUAUCAAUAUAAUACAACGUUUGUAUUAUUUUGGAUAUAUUACAUGAAAAUAUCAAAUAUAUCUCAUGAUAUUUACUGUACGAGCUUCAUUAAUUCAAUGAUAGAAUGGUUAAAGAAUAAAUAUCAAUAUACAUCAAUCUAAUACGAUAAUUUAUCCGAUGCUGGUAUAGUCCACCUGUUCAACGUGUAUUGUGUUAUUAGCUACUUCAAAGUGGUCAACCUCGGACUGAAGGGUGUUGUUCGGUCUGGUAGGUUACUGAGUCAGUUUGUCAUUUAAUUCCAUCUUUAGUUGAAAUCAACGUGGGUAGGUGCUGGAGUUGUUACUGGAAAAUAGCAACAGCAACAAAAAGCAAAGACAAUAGUAGCAGCAUCAAGAACAAUAACAACAGUAGCAACAACGGUAAAGGCGUCACGACUUGCCAGAAACAGCAGCCAAAUUCUCUGGAAUUGCAUUCUGGCAUUGUCUCUUUUUCAUUAUAAAAAGCAGGAAGAAGAUAUUGCAGAAUGUCGUAGAUACACAGACUGACAGGAUGCUCAUGGCUGGAGUGUCUUUCAUGCAUCAGCCAGAUCAGCUAGGGCUGGCCUGGUAUUAAACAGCACCACCAACAAAAAAUAACAACAGCACCAAAAGCAGCAGACAAACUGACAGAUACAUGAUUAUAUCAAUUACCACUGGCGCCCUCUGUGUUGGUUGUACAACUUGUACCGUGUGAAGUUAGUAGUAGCAGUAGCAACAACAACAAUAACAACAGCAUAAUCAUCAGCAACAAUAAUUUCAAUAACAACAAAUAUUGUUAUAGCAACAACAAGAAAAACAACAAAAACAACUGCUGCAGCAACAAAAAAGCAAAACAAGCAGUGUUAACAACAAUAACAUCGUAAACAGGAAGAUUACGAAGAGCAACAACCUGCUCUUUUUUGCGUAUUGAGUGCAAGAACAUCAACCUCGGUUUUAACAGAACAGGAGCCUACAUAAGAACAACACCGACAGCAGCAGCAGCAACAGCAACGGCAGCAACAGCGACCACAAUAACAACAACAGUAAGGAGUACAACGAAAGCAACAAGUGACGUAUCAUUAGCAACAACGACGAGCUGAAGAAAAAACAAUAGCAACAACAACAACAACGACGACAACAACAACAUUAAAAUUGCAACACUGCCAACAACAGCAAUUACACCACUAAUAUUCUUAAUAGCAACAACAGCCAACAUCUGCCGCUGCUAACUCGUGAAUCGCUCCUCCUUCCUGUCGUGACCCUUAAGUGAAGAACUGAACUAAAGGCUGCCUGCAGACACUACGACCAAUAUCCACUGAAUUAAACAUAAACCUACCUAUACCGUCACAACUGCUACCGCAUCAUCACCACUGCCACUAUCGCCAACCAUCGCCACCGCCGCCACCACCACCACCACCUCCACCAAGAACACCAACACCAUCAAUGUCACCACCAACUCUCCCCACCCCAUCCAGACCGUUUGAAAUUUGCAAACUCGUGUGAUGUCUACAUACAGUAUUUCAUAGCUGUCUCAAUAAAAAUAAGCUGCAUCUAAUCAGAUAUUCAUCGAUCAUUAACCAUAUUGAUUGAUCACUAAUCACUGAUUAAUCACCGUUCGAAAUUAGACUAGGAAACAAUAUUCGAUUUACCGAAAUAUAUAUAUAUAUCUUUAUAUAUUCAAAACUGUUACAUUUUUCAAUGAAUUUAAACACCAGUAACCCAAUCGGCGGAUAAACACACGAACACGUAUACAUAUAUAUACUUAAACACACACAUAAAAAAGAUAUGCAUAUAUUUAUAAACAUAUAUGUAUAAAGGUAUGUGUUUAAAUAUGCAUAUACCUGUGUACUAGCAAUCUGUAUAUUAUACUUAUAUAUAUAAAUAUAUACAUAUACAUAUAUGCAUACAUAUAGAUAUAUAUGUAGGUAAAUAUGUAUCUAUGUGUGUUUUAUAUAAAUAAUAUAUACAUACACAAUUGAUGAUAAUUAUUAGUUAUAUGUAUGCGGAUAUAUAUAAAUAUUUAUACAUGAGCUGGUAUAAAUAUACAUAUAUAGUCUUGUAUAUAUGUGCAUAUAUACUUAUCAAUACAGAAACCAUUUUAAACCAUAUAGAAUAACAGUGAAAAAUUUUGUGUAACAGUUUUUAGGUUCGAAUUCCCUUUGGGUACAUAAAUACAUAAUACGUCUACAUACAUACAUAUAUAUGUAUGUAUAUAUGUAUAUGUGUGUGUGUCUAUAAGCACAUAUAUAUAUAUGUUUUAGGCAUAUAUAAUUGUAUAUAACAGUUUAUUUAUUUCUUCAAAUCAUUUUUAUUUAUUUUUCUCUCAUUCAUUCUUUUUUUAACGGUGGUUAUUCAUCAAUCACGAUAAACACAUACUUAGACGUACAUAUACUCAUAUAUACACACGCAGUACUUAUAUAUAUACAUAUAUAUUCAGAUAUAUAUAUAUAUAUCUAUAUAUAUAUACGUAUAAAGAUAUACAUAUAUAAACAUACGUAUAUACAUAUAUAUAUAUACAUACACAUAUAUAUUUAGGUACUCCACACCAUACGUGUCGUAUAAGUGGAAUUUAAAAAACGAAAGUAAAUUGUUGACAAUAAAUAAGCUUGAGAUUGAAGUUACAAAAUGCCCCGACCAGGUCGUAACAGCUACAGCGAUCAGAAACCGCCUUAUUCGUAUAUUGCGCUCACAGCCAUGGCUAUACAAAGUUCUACUGAAAAAAUGCUGCCGUUGAGCGACAUAUACAAAUUCAUUAUGGAUAGAUUUCCUUUCUAUCGACAGAACACACAGAGGUGGCAGAAUUCACUGCGACAUAACCUCUCUUUUAAUGAUUGCUUCAUUAAAAUACCUCGCAGACCGGACAGGCCAGGUAAAGGCAGCUAUUGGGCUCUGCAUCCGCUCUGUGGGGAUAUGUUCGAGAAUGGAAGUUUUCUGCGUCGCCGGAAGCGUUUUAAGUUACAUAAAUCUGGCGGGUCAUUGAUGUCGGAGACGUUAAAGCAAGGUUUAGAGUCAGCCAGUUACCUCCAAGAACAAACUAGGCUACGACUACAGCAAUAUGCUACCCCAAUAUCACAUUUCCAGCCGUACAGCGGUUCUGGCAACUGUACACACAGCUACAAACAACCGUUCACAAUUGAGAACAUUAUAGCGCCUGAAUUUAAAAGUACAGUUGUGCCCCAACCGCUGAUACCGACUCCGCUGCCAGCGUUUGCUAGUCAAUUUGCGGCCGGAAUGUCGAUGUCGGGUUUUGUCGCCCCUUACUCGACUUCUGAUCUAGCUUCUUCGUUGUCUUCGUCCUUGACAUCAUCGGCGCUAAGUUCAAUAGCGCCGACCUUUGCAGCCCACCUCAACGGGGAUUUUCACCCUCACCAACAUGCCACACACGCCACACACCCGCAUCAAGUUUUGAAGCCGUCUAACCACCAACAUCAAACAUCGCCGGCCGUACCGGUCCCUAUUAAACCUUCACCAUUACCACCCCUUACCCUGGGACAUUCACCACACACGGGUGCCUUCGGGGCUCUUGCCCCGCCAGGACAUCUAAGCAUACCCUCAUCUCUAGCCCUCACAACAGCCGCAGCUGAACUUUUAGGCACCUCUUCACCCAUUUCCUCUUCGUCCUCUAAUACAGCCAGUAGCACGUCAAGGUGACCUUUAUAAUCAACAGAUCGAUAAAACAAAAAAUUUAAAAAACACAUGCCAAAACAAACACAAAUAAACUAAAACACAUAACUUAUGACUUCAACUGUUGUCCCUCUGAACUUGGUCCGAAAUAACAAGAAAGGGACAAAACAGAAAAAAAAAGACUUGGAUGGAAUUGAUGACAAAUAAAUAAAAAAA